CUACUGGACUUCAAUGGGGCAGCUAAGCAGGGCAGGCGCGGUGGGCGCGGCGGUGGCGGCUGUGUACGUGGGAACGCUGCCCCCCUCUGUGCCCGGGGGGGACUCCGGGGAGCUGAUCACAGCCGCCUAUGAGCUUGGAGUUGCUCAUCCCCCGGGCUAUCCGCUAUUCACUCUCCUGGCGAAAUCGGCCAUUGCGCUCCUGCCUUUUGGCUCCGUCGCCUAUCGAGUCAAUCUCCUCUGCGCCUUGUUGGGAGCAGCUGCCGCCUCGUUUCUCUUUGACACAGUUGUCAGGCUUUCUGGCAGCCGUGCCGCAGGAAUCUUUGCUGUGGGGAUGUUUGCGUUCUCUCGCCUCACAUGGCAGUGGUCCACCUCCGCCGAGGUUUUCAGCUUAAACAAUCUGUGUGUCGGGCUGCUCCUGGCUCUCUCUGCCCGCUUCCAGGAGGCGGCGUCCGCCAAGGAGAGAUCAAAGAUCUGUAAAGCAGGCGCUUUCUGUUGUGGGCUGAGCUUGUGCAACCAGCACACCAUUGUGAUCUAUGUGCUUUGCAUUGUGCUAUGGGUUUCCUUCCGCUUGUUCAGGGAGAGGGAAUUGACCCUCGGCUGCAUGCUGAAGCUGGGGCUUUGCUUCUUGGCUGGUUGCCUGCUGUAUCUCUACUUGCCGGCCUCGUCUUUCCUCAACCAAGCCCGUUGGACCUGGGGAGACCAGACCCACCUGAAAGGAUUCAUGACCCACCUUCUCCGGGAAGAGUAUGGGACAUUCAGUCUGGCAAAAUUGGAAAAUGGAUCCAGUUUGGCUGACAUAUUGCAUUUCCAGGUGACCCACAUGAAGAUGGAAUUCCCGCUCUUAGUCCCGGUCCUUGCAAUUGCAGCAGUUUUGCAUUCAGCAGUCAGGCCAAAAGUGGGGAAGCAGCAUCUGGUCUGGCUUUUUACGUUGAUGCUCUUGGCAUAUUCACUUUUCUUUGCUUGGAGAGCGAACCUUGAUAUUUCAAAGCCUCUGUUUAAGGGAGUGGUCGAGCGAUUUUGGAUGCAGAGUAAUGCAGUACUGGCAGUUUUGGCUGGCAUUGGUUUCUCCUCCCUUUUCUCUCUGGGAGAAAGUUUAGUUGAAAACAACCGACUGAUUCACAACCUGGAAUGGCUCUUGGCCACUCUGCUCGUCACUGUGCAAAUCUACUCCAACUACAGUGCCUGUGACCAAAGCCACAACUAUGUUGUCGAUCGCUUUGCAAGAAACCUUUUGUCCUCCAUGCCUCCGGAUGCCAUCAUCCUGCUGCGAGGAGACCUGCCAGGAAAUUCUCUUCGUUACCUUCAUUAUUGUGAAGGAAUGAGGCCGGAUGUUACCUUAGUAGACCAGGAGAUGAUGACUUACCAUUGGUACUUGCCAAAGUUAGCAAAACAUUUGCCUGGUGUUGAUUUCCCUGGAGACCGUUGGAAUCCCACGGAAGGGUUGUUACCUGAUGGAACAAUCACAUUUAAUCUGCAUCAUUUGCUCAAGGUAAAUAAACACAAAGAAGCCUUUGUCUGCAUUGGGCUCCAUGAAGGUGACCCCACCUGGAAGAAGGACUAUACCCUUUGGCCGUGGGGCUCCUGCGACAAGCUUGUGCCUUCCAGAGCUCCCUUUGACCCCGGAGAGUGGAUCAGUCGCACCAGAAAUCUCUACAACUGGAGCGAGGAGUACGGCAGGUUUGAUACAACUUCAUGGGAAGCCGUAGCCAACGAGGAAAUGUGGCAAGCCAGGAUGAAAACAGCCUUCUACAUUUUUGACCUUGCAGAAAUGGCUUCUGUCUCCGCAGAUGUGAAAUCCCAGCUUUACAUGUUUGCUUACAGCAUGUACAAGGAGAUCAUAACUGCUCAUGGAUCCCACCCAGUGAACUGGCACAAAAACUACGCCAUCGCUUGCGAAAGGAUGUUGCGCUUGCACCCACCGAGGGAAGACCCGGAAGUCCUGCUCUCGGAAACCAUCAAACAUUUCCUCCUUUAUACAGAAAAAGCCUCAGACGAUCCCCAGCAAGGGCAGAUUUUGCAAGCUGUAAAACAUCUGAAGAAAGAACUCCGGGAACUGAGAAAACUAAAGAGGAGAGAGAGCAAGCACUAAGCAUAGGAAAGCCUUGCAACUCUUCGUUUUCAGCGUGUGGAAUGGAAAACUGAAUGAGCUUUGAAGUGCUCAUAGGAAAGAUCACACUGGAGUGGAUGCAAAUCAAGUAGGAAGAUCUCCUAGGGUAAAUCUGCAGUGUAGAAUGAAUGCAGUUUGAUAUCACUUGAAUUACCAUGGCUCAGUCCUGGGAGUUGUUCUUUGGAGGGCCACUAGCACUCUUGAGAAAUAUUGUCGAAGGCUUUCAUGGCCGGAAU